AUGACCAUUUCCUCGACUCAGCCCCAUGUCAUUAUCGGAGUGGCCCCGAUCUUUGGCCACGUUGAGAAGUUUAAAGUCAUUGGCGCUGAGCUUGUAAAGCAAGGCUACGUCGUUACUUUCCUCACUGGGGCGGCCGUUCGUGGUGAAGUCGAGGAAAUCGGGGCGCGCUUUGCUCCACUGACAGGCUGUGCGGACUUGCAAUUUGAGAACCGCCUUGAGGUCUACCCUGAGCUGGAAAAUAUGCAAGGUAUGGAACGAACUAUCUGGGAAAUGCGAACUUGGUUUAUCGACCCAAUCAAGUAUCAAUAUGAGAGUCUGGUGAGGACGAUGAAAGAUAUACAUGCAACAGAGGGGGAUGGGCGCCAAAUCAUUUAUAUGGAAAACAACACGUUUGGAGCAGCUGCACCGAUGGUGUAUGGAACACCUGUCAUGCGGCCUGACGGGAUCAUUAAAGUCGGUACUUGCACCUUGACGCUCGACAGCAUCGAUACUCCGCCAUGGGGAAUGGGGCUUCCUCCAGUUGAAGGCGAGGCAGGUCGUGCUCGCAAUCUUGCUUUGCGCAACCAGGCUGGCUUUAUGGCGGCCCCUAUUCAAAAACUGUGGGAGAACGCGCUACAAUCUGCCGGAGUUCCUGUCAAAGAAUUGGACCCGGUGCCUCAAUUCCUCGAUGGAAUUGGACGCUGCUGCGACCUCUAUCUCCAGAUGUCUAUCCCUCAACUUGAGUAUCCUCGAAGUGACCUACCGACGUGGGUACGGUACAUGGGGGCUUUGUCCGCUGUGGGAAGAAAGGAAAAGGUGUUGGAAUUACCUGAGUGGUGGGAUGAAGUUAUUUACGCUCCAAAGGACCAGAAGAAGCCAAUCGUUGUUGUAUCUCAAGGCUCUGUUCACAACGAUCCCGAGGAGCUCAUUUUGCCCGCAAUGGAAGGCUUACAGAACCUUGAUGUUACAGUCAUUGUGACGCUUGUGAAAUCUUCCACGUUGCCUCAAGGAACAAAAAUUCCUAGCAAUGUCCGAAUUGCUCGCUUCAUCCCUUUCGACAUCUUGUUCCAGCAUACUUCAGUCCUUGUAUCUAAUGGUGGUUUUGGAACAGUUCAGCAAGCGCUUUUGAAUGGAGUGCCUAUGGUACUUGCAGGGAUGUCGGCAGAUAAGGCCGAGACGAAUGCACACGCGGCAUGGGCUGGUGCAGCUAUCAAUCUGGCAUGUCAGAACCCAGAAAGCGUUGCGGUCAGGGACGCGGUCUCUAAUAUUCUUUCGGACCCUGCGAGGAAAAAAUGCUGCGUGGAGCUACAAAACGAGUACGCCAAAUAUGACGCUAUGAAAACUGUUACAGAUGCUAUCCAAGACUUGAUCCGUUGA